CACGGUGACAUUUACCGGCGGUCCGUCCCGCGCCGGAAACGCAGCGCUUCUCCAACCAAACAACAGACAGGCACCCAGCGGGGCAUCACACGCACCGAGUCCGCCGACGGACACCGGAGGGGGAGGCGAGAGACGCGCGCAGCACCUUACCGCACAUACUGAACGAGGACCAUGGAGAACGGAAGCAACGGCUCGGACGCGAAUUACGGGAGCCAGAUCCCCGUGAUUUACACCAACAGCAGCUUCUGUGGGAACUUCAGCGACGGCAACAACACCACGAGCUUCACGGAGGCGCCAUGCCACAGGGAACGCGGACUGACCGGCAUCAUAGAGGACGACGCCAACCCGGUUAUCAUAGCGAUUGUUAUCACCGCUCUCUACUCCAUCGUGUGCGUGGUGGGGCUGGUUGGAAACGUGCUGGUCAUGUAUAUCAUCGUAAGAUACACCAAAAUGAAGACCGCCACCAACAUCUACAUCUUCAACCUGGCUCUGGCCGACUCCUUGGUCACCAGCACGCUACCAUUCCAGAGCGUCAACUACCUGAUGGGGACCUGGCCGUUUGGAGACAUACUGUGCAAGAUGGUGAUGUCCAUCGACUACUACAACAUGUUCACCUCCAUCUUCACGCUCACCACCAUGAGCAUUGACCGCUACGUCGCUGUGUGCCACCCAGUCAAAGCGCUGGACUUCAGGACACCGCGUAACGCCAAGAUUGUCAACGUCUGCAACUGGAUCCUCUCCUCGGCCAUCGGGCUGCCUGUGAUGUUCAUGGCCUCCACCGCUGUCACCGUUAGAGAAAAAUCCAGCAUCGUUGACUGCAAGCUGAUAUUCCCCCACCCCUCCUGGUACUGGGACACCCUGCUGAAGAUCUGCGUCUUCAUCUUUGCCUUCAUCAUGCCUGUCCUCAUCAUCACCGUCUGCUAUGGCCUUAUGAUCCUCCGGCUGAAGAGUGUGCGCAUGCUAUCGGGCUCCCAGGAGAAGGACAGAAACCUGCGUCGGAUCACCCGUAUGGUCCUGGUGGUGGUUGCCGUCUUCAUUGUGUGCUGGACGCCUAUCCACAUCUUUGUCAUCCUCACAGCUCUGAUCAAUAUCCCCAGCUCCACGCUGCAGACUAUCACCUGGCACUUCUGCAUUGCCCUGGGCUACACCAACAGUAGUCUGAACCCGGUUCUUUAUGGCUACCUGGAUGAGAACUUCAAGCGUUGUUUCCGUGAGUUCUGCACCCCGAGUCCCUCGGUGUUAGAGAUGCAAAACUCGUCCCGGACCGGAGCCACCAGCCGCAAGCUCCCACAGCGCGAACACCACAGUGCAAACACAGGAGAAAGGUCCAAUCAGCAGGUAUGACUAGCCUUGGAGGGGUCGUCGGUGGACUCUCGCUGUUGUGGCGGCGUUGCCAACGACGAUCUCAACUCAGAGGUCACGCAGGUCACCACAGGGCUCUGACCACACAAACGCAAACAACUCAUACACACAAAUAAUCCAGGCUCAUGAAUGAGACUCAAUAGCACAGACCGUUUUGACGAUGUGUCGCAAGCUUAACUGCAGCGCUGCAUCAGGUCAGGCCGUUCACCUGCCGGGCAGUCUAACUGUUACUAACUGCAUGGCUGAGCAAGGCUUUUACUCUUACUGAAACACAUACAGAGAUGGGUUUAAGACAAAUUAAAACAGAAACCAAGUAUUAUUACAGUGCCCCUCCUGACUGAAGAAGCUGUUGCUUUAAAUUGUGCAUUACAGCUUUAUAGGAUUUUUUAUUUAGUUUUUAUUAUUAUUAUCAUUACUAUGAUAAGAUAGACUAUACAGACUGAACAUGUGCAGUAAACAAAGACAGACAGAUCUAUAAAAAUCUAUAAAAGCCACCCACACACCACACUAACAUUUUUUUUUCUGUACGCUCCAGACAAAGCUGCCUCAUUGAUCUAAACCUCCUCUCCUAACCGUCCUCCUGUCGCAGAUACUUGUCUUGUUUGCAGAGUUAAUAUGACUUCAGUCCAAUCUGUCACUUUUCCUCCUGAUGUUUUCUAUUUGUACGUGCAAGAGGACAGUGUAAGGUGCCUGGAAAUGUGGAUUAAUGGGAGUUGACUGGACGGUAAAGAAUCUGAUCUGAUUUUGGACUUGUGAGAGAGGCUCUGCGGCUCCCUCGCCACAUGAAGACAUCACUGGAAAGGAGGUGUUAUUCAAAGUCAUUUACAGCACAAACGGUGCUCCCUGUCCGCCCUCUGUAUGGAGUCCACCCUAUUAACACUGCUCUCAUUGAUCUGCACAGCACUGUGCUGGCUUUGGUCACUUCAGGAAAAUUGACUGUGUUGACGUACAGCUGUGCUCCCUCCUCUCCAUUCACCUAACCCUUUGUUUUAUAUGCUGCCCCUUCAGUCUCCAUCCUUUCAUUUCCUUCUUCGAUCUUUGUUCUGUCUCUGUGAAGCUGUUUUCUACGCUUUUGCUGGACUUUAUCAUUAAGUACACAUACAGUAGAGCGCCUUAUGUUCUCUCUGCUGAAUCUGACAAACUUCUGAAUGUACAGAGUGAGAACCAGCUGUGUUCAUCACACUGGAUCCUUGUGCUGAACUGUGGAUCCUCUAAACCAGCAAAGGUAAUGCAGCAGCCUGUUUGCGCAGCUCACAGAGCGUGCUAUUGUGGCAUAUAGUGCGAACAUGUGUGUCUACCAGUGUAUGAUUAACCACAGCGUAACAGCCAUUAUAACAGCAAUUGGUUUUAUUGGAGUUACUUCUCCUCUGAAGAAGUUAACAAGUGAGCCAAGCAGGAUUGUACAUCUGUUGUAAUCUUUAGAAUUGCUUGUGCUUGACGUGUCGUGCUGUAUGCUAUACUUGCCAGUUGCCUUUACAGUAGCUCUACUCGAUAUUCUGUGUACCAGUAUUUUUUUUUAAUGAUCUGUAAAGAUGAACAUGAUUGUAUUACCCUCCCAUGUAAAAUACUUUAAGUGUCCUGUUGCUUUUUUUUUAUAAACGUGAAACCAUGAAUUUGCCAGAAGAUGAUUUCUGAUGAUCACGGUGGACCAGCAAGUCAUUGCGAUUCUAAAUAUUUGUCAUAUUGAAGCUGCCUUGUGAACUGAAGAGAUAUUAACCGGAAAACAAUGUGUGUAAAAGCUUAAAUUGUGAAUUCCAAAAUGAAUGCAGAGUUUAACUUUAUCUGUUUCAUGUAGGGUUUUUGGUUUUUUUGUUUGUUUUGACUUAAAACUUGUGUAUCAAGAUGUCACUCUGUACAUACAGACAGUCUAUUUGUGGUAUCGCUGCUUUCAGUCAGUUUUGAAAGAAUAUACAAUAGACUGUUAUUAUUUGCAGUAUUUCAGGCUAACCAUGACAGAAAAUAUGUUUAAAGGUUACUUCACCCACAAAAUGAGCAUCUGUAUAUCAGUCAGUCACCCCAUGUUACGUUGAAUCCAUGAAGAAAACUUUGUUUCUCUUGCAUGCCUCUGGUGAACGAAGGAUCUAAAACCUGAGAAAAUUCUUGAUGAAUUGAAGUCAUAGGGGUCCACUUUUGACAACGACAACUAUAUCAAAAUAUCUGUUUACAAAUUCUCACACAACUCAUGCAGUAUAAUCCAUGUCUCAUUUAUCCAGGCGUUUGCUCAGUACUUCCCAAACACAUGCAUGUUUGCUAAAGCCGUACUAUUUGAAAGACUUGUAGGUAAACAGCCUUACCCACAGAAGAGUAGUGCGCCUAGGCAAGUGUGUGCGUUUGAACUCCGCUCAAUUGAAUCGACAACUGAAGUUCAAAAGCAUGCACUUCUGCUAAAAGUGUGUGACUUGUAGCUGUGUCUCAAUUCAGGGACUGCCUUCAGGGUCGACGUCGGCCACAUCCUUUGAAGACCCCAUCAGCCAAACUAAACGAUCUCCGAAAUGGGACGGUCUGGUCUGCAGAGGAUUUCCUGGUUGCAUCACCAGUUGUUUUUGCUCCGACCCGUUGGCGUUACUGUCAUUAGCAACCAGCUGCGCUUGACGAAAGAAGGAGUAAGCGAGUAAGUUAGUUAGCCUUAAAUCAUGGGUUCCAGAGAUUCUUAUUAUAAUCAUACAGUCAUUCAUUCAUUUCCGUAACCGCUUAUCCUCUUGGGGAUCGCAGGGAGGCUGGAGCCUAUCCCAGCUGACAUUGGGCGAGAGGCGGGGUACACCCUGGACAGGUCACCAGACUAUCACAGGGCUGACACAUAGAGACAGACAACCAUUCACACUCACAAUCACACCUACGGACAAUUUAGAGUCACCACUUAACCUGCAUGUCUUUGGACUGUGGGAGGAAGCUGGAGUACCUGGAGAAAACCCACGCUGACACAGGGAGAACAUGCAAACUCCGCAUAGAAGGGCUCCCUGCUGGAGGGAACCCUCUUGCUGUGAGGUGACAGUGCUAACCACUGCGCCACAGUGCCACCCUUGUUACGAUAUAUAUGUUAUUUAAUACUUGAGGAGAUGAUUCACCACCAUAGACACCACCACUUGAUAUAUUUCAGGCUGAUGGACAGUGGUGAAUUGAGAUUGUUAAAGCUGUUUAACAGUUAACCAUUAACUAGUUAACAACUGUUAGUAAACUUAACUUAAUAUAUAAGUGCACAGUGCAUCUUGGGAUAGGCUGGGCCACAAAGGAUUCAUCCGUUGCAUCCUCCAAAUUCUGGCAAAGAAGGCUGCAUUUCUCAGCCACAUUUGAAGGAGCCUUCAAAAUGGGACAACUUUGGUUGCACCAAUGUGACACUAUCAGUCUUCAAAUGCAGCCUUCGAAGGCUGCAGCCCCUGAAUUGAGACACAGGUUUUGUAAGUGGAUGCUCUAAUAUAGUUUUGCUGUUGUUAAAUGUGCCCCGCUAUGAUUUCAGUUCCUCAAGAAUUAUAUCCAUUUUUAUAUUUUUUGUUCACCUGAGGUGUGCAAGAAAGGCUGAGUGGUUUUCAUGAAUUGAACGCAGCACAGGGUGAGUAAGUGAUACACAAAUGAUCACUUUGCUGGAAAAGUAUUCCUCUAAAAACACAAGGCCAAAUUGAGAUUGAAAUAUUACAGAAACAGCAGCUGAGUCUGGCUACAUGAGGCAUCGAGUGUCACAUGCUGUAUCUCAUGCGACAAAAUGUACAAAAUGUUUCAUCUCACAAGAAACACAUUAUGUGCAGGAAACAAAUGUUGAGGGGCCAAGUUUCACCUUUGUAGGCUGGGAAUGGUGGAGGCUGGUGUAGCAACCUGUCAGUGAUGUUUAUCCAUCAUGAGACGAAGAUAAUGAUACAUUCUCGGGCACAAAAGGUGACUUUUGGCAUUUGUACCAUUAAGAGUCAUUGUGCAGUGGGCGACACUUGGUGUACCAUACAGAAUAUUCUCUUGGUUAGAAAUUAAAAAUAUACAUAAUGUAUAAUUUCAUGCUGUCCAUGAUCUGCACACAUGCCACCAUUAAACUCUUUUUUUUACAUAUAUAAUUUGCUCAUUACUUGUAUUCUAGUCUUGAAAUUAGGUUGCUUGUAAUCUAAUGUACAGACGAUAAUUUCUACUUUAUGUACGACACUCUGUAACACAAAACAUAUAAUUUUACUGUUAAUCAGUGCAUUGUCUAUGGAAUAAAAUGUAAUUCAGAGUCUCA